AUGGCACUGGAACAAGAUCAGACUAAAACUGGUUUUGCACAAUUGUAUAAUGAAGGUUCAGAGAAUGCUUAUGAUGUACGUAUCCGACUUACUAAGGAAGCAUUAACAAUACAGAAACAAGACGUGAUCUGUGUCACUGGAACCGACCACAGUGCAAAUCGCAGAACUGUUACACUUCACAGAGACCCCGUUGGAGGACUGGGUUUAAGUAUUAAGGGUGGAGCCCAACAUAAAGUGCCUGUAGUUAUAUCAAAAAUCUUCAAAGGUCAAGCAGCUGACCAGAGUGGAAUGUUAUUCAUAGGCGAUGCAGUAAUGCAGGUUAACGGCAUUAAUGUAGAAAAUGCAACUCAUGAAGAAGUGGUUCAUUUGUUACGAAAUGCAGGAGAUGAUGUUGCUAUUACGGUUUACUAUUUUAAGGAAGCACCAUCAUUCCUGAAACUACCAUUAGCUGACUAUGGAGAAAUCCGAGAACUAACUUCAAAUGGCUCACCAGACCAACACAGUGACCAAAGCAGUGGAACUUCUUCCCCUCUCUUUGAUAGUGGUUUACAUUUAAAUGGAAAUACUUCUAACACAACACCUUCAUCCCCUUCUUCACCUACAGUGAAAGAACAGAAAUAUGAGAAAUGCUGGAUAGAUGCCAUUUCAAUUCCAUUAUUUAUGGCUCGGAUCUCAAGGUUUAAGGUUUCUACAGUAAAAUUAAGACCUAACUCCUUUGAACUUCUGGCACUAGACGGAGUCAGCUCUGGCAUUCUACAGUUUCAUUCUGCACACGACAGUGCUGACUGGCUGAGAGCAAUAUCAACAAACAUCAAUGAUCUGACGCUUCAAAAUAUGAAAAUACUGAACAAAUGCUACUCACCGUCUGAUCAGAUUGUACACAUGGGGUGGGUGAGUGAAAAGGUACAAGGAUCUGAUGGAACACAUGUUUAUAAAUUCAAGUUUCUGGUACUAAAAGGUUCAUCAUUCUACAUUUUCAAGACACCACCAGUUAGCACAUUGGACUGGGUACGAGCUGAUAAAAUGUAUAACCUCUGUGAGGUCCUGUUUAAGAUUAGCAAGGUUUGGCCAGCUGAUGAAAUCUGGAUUCAAGAAAACUUGCACCUCAAUCUUAAUCAAAAUGAACAACUGGAUGAUCAGCGGCCGUAUUGUUUCAAUGUAUUGGUGGGACAUGGGAAAAGUCAUUAUUUUAGCACUGAAUUGGGCUGUGAAUUGCCUACAUGGGAAAGAUCAUUCCAAAGAGCAAUAUUCACAGAGGUUCAACGAACAGGAUCCAAAACAUACAUGUGCAAUAACCAAGGAGUUGCUGUAUGUUUUACUGUGGACUUUGUUUCUGGAUUUACUUGUUUUGACAGCACAUCUAAGAAUAUAAUUUGGCGGUUUAAAUUCUCCCAGCUAAAGGGAUCUUCUGAUGAUGGAAAAACAAGAGUAAAACUACUUUUUCAGAAUUCUGACAGCAAACAAAUUGAAAUGAAGGAGCUUGAAUUCCCUGAUGUGACAGCUGUUUUACAUUGCAUUCAUUCGUUUAUUGCAGCCAAAGUUGCAUCAAUGGAUCCCACGUUCAUAAACAGCCAAAGUAUUACAAAAAGAUAUCUAUACGACACGUAAAAAUAUUGAUUAAAGAACUGUUUUCCUAUGGAAUCUAUUUCAUGCACAAUUAAAUGAAAAAUAAGUUUCUGAAUAAAAUACAAUAUUUUUAAAGGUUUUUCAUAUGUCACUAUGGGAAGAAAAUGUUUGUUUCUUAUUCUGAAUUCCAUUUAAGUGUAGUUCACAAAAUUAUAAAAAGCACAUUAUUCAUUUUCUUACAUGUGGAUAGAAUUAUGAAAUAGCACUUUAAUACAUGAGUCCAAAUGUAGAUGCGAUUUCUGCAUAAUUUUUAAUUAAUAAAAAUGGGUCAUGUUAUUUAUAGAUAAAUGGCAUGCUUGUAGAAUUUUAAAAUUUCAUAGUUCUAUUUAGGUAUUCUAGCUACACACUGCGGUUUUAAUUGUAAUUUUCUGUUAAUACAUUUUAUGUUUUUACCUACUGUAUUUAUGAUGGAAUCAUAUAAACGGUCUAAAUAUUUAUGUAUUUUGAUAAUAUCUAAAUCAUAUUGUAAAUUAACUUGUGUGUGAUAAAUCUCAUGACAAAUAUAAAUUCUUAUAAAUAUUUACUUUCAAAAA